AUGCUCCAGCGCGGAGCCGAUGUUGAAGCGUGUUGUAUUGGAGAAAAUAUGACAUGGUAUGAAGUGUUUCCCGAUCAACUAGAUCGUUAUAGAGCUUUAGAACAACACUGCAAACAGCCGCUUGAAUGCAAGGCUUUUGCUGACAUCGGUUCGAGCAAUCCGAGCGACGACAGCGCAAGCCAUAUCAGCGAAAACUAUAACGAGCCAUGGGAAGUACGACAUUCCUUGGAACUUAUCAUUAAGGAUGUAUUUGAAGAAAAGCGACCGGACCUUUCAGCGAACCUACUAAGCCUAGUUGCGCAAAAGAAGGCUGAGAAACUAGCCAUUGAAAAGCAGAGUCGAAAUCAAACACCUAGCUCAUCUAGCGGGAAUAAAGGACGGAAACAAAAGCAGAGAAACAGGAAGAAAGGCAAAGGAAAGCGUGGUCAGAUUGCUUUGGCAGAUGAUUCUGAUUACUGA